GCUCAGGAAAAAACUCCACCUCGGGGUACAAAUCCUGCCAGCGCUGGUCAUGGUUCCACUCCCAAGACUAGCAGUCUUUGAUCUGGAUUACACACUCUGGCCUUUCUGGGUCGACACGCACGUAGAUCCUCCGUUCCACAAGAGCAGUGAUGGAACCGUUCGAGAUAGGCGGAACAAGCACGUCCGACUGUACCCAGAGGUUCCCGAGGUACUGGAACGAUUGCAGCGCCUUGGGGUGCCCGGUGCGGCCGCUUCACGGACAGGUGAGAUAGAAGGAGCCAACCAACUACUGGAGCUCUUUGACCUUGUCAAAUACUUUGCUCAUCGGGAAAUCUAUCCAGGCAGUAAGGUCACACACUUUGAAAGGUUGCAGCAGAAGACUGGAGUUCCUUUCUCCCAGAUGAUCUUCUUUGAUGACGAGAGGCGGAAUAUUGUGGAUGUCAGCAAACUGGGUGUUACCUGCAUUCAUGUCCAGAAUGGAAUGAAUCUUCAAACCCUAACUCAAGGGUUAGAGACAUUUGCAAAGGCUCAUACUAGGCCUUGAGGUCCAGCCUGGUGAAUGAACCUCACUUAAGGCCUAACACUGAAAAGAAAUCAAGACAGCAUUUUCAGGUGCAUUUGUAGUUUAUUAAAUUGUAUUUGUGUGUGACAGAAGAGAUCUUACCCACA